UAUCAACUCUAACUUACUUCUCACAAAAGACUGAGUAAAUUCCUAUCAGCUCACAGAGUAAAUGGCAAAAUUGGGUUUAAUGUUUGAUAACUAAUAGUUUGGCUCGUGUUUUGGCGCUCGUUUAGUGGACAGCUUUUCUGACGGAACUAAAUCAGCCGUUAAUCGAUAGAGUCUGACUGUAGCUCCUCAGGCCUCAUCACGUGCAUAGACUCUAUGAUCACAAGCUAAUAACAGACCUUUGUUGUUCAGACAGAAGGAUUUUCCUCUGAAUGACGCGCUUCACGAGCUUCUGCAGCAGGGGGCGACGCGCGCGAGUCAGCUGAGGGACGCGCAGCGCGAGCACGACACACUGCAGGCAUCUCUUCUGCAGCUGGACCGGAGCUGUGAGUCUGUGUGCUCUCAGGUGAAGCUGAAGGAGAAGAUGCUCACUGCUCUUCAGUGUGAUGUGGAGCAGCUUCAGCGCAGCGUCCUCCGUCUGGACGCACAGAUCCACAGCGUCCUGCUGGAGAACCUGGAGCUCAGAAACUGUACGGAGGAGCAUCAGGAGCGCCGGCGCUCACAGCAGACAGAGUUCAGCUCGCACCGCAGCCGUAUGAGAGACUACAGGACGGCCGUGUGUCUGCAGGACAGCCGAGCACAUCUCCAUCAGGAGCUCCAGCAGAAGCAGCAGGAGGCGUCUGGACUCAGACACACGCUGGACGAGCUGAAGACAGACCUCCAGAAACCAGACGCUAGUGCUGUCCGUCAGACGCAGGUCUCGCUCUCGCUCUCGCUGCUGAGAGACUCACACGCUGACCGCAUCACUGACCUCAUGUGUGUUCUGAUCCCUACAGAAGGACAUCGACCUUCUCCAGGCCAGUAUCCGUGCAGCGAGACAGACUGUGCUGGAGAGAAAAGCUCAUCUGGAGAACCAACAGCGGACACAGACACAGCUGAGGAGAGAGAUCGAGAUUCAGGAGCGCAGAUGCGAGGCCAUCCUGAAGCGGCUGCGCAGUCAGCUGAAGAAAGCUCAGUCUGGACACCGUCAGCUGCGCAGUGACAUCACACACCUGCAGACGCAGCUGGACGAGCUCAGGGGUCAGCUGGACGCCUCCUAAUGGCCGGUGAGCUCUCGUGCUCAUCUCUGUGUAACACACAAGUUCAGUCUGUGGGAACGUGUUCAGUCCUGCACUGCUCAGUGUGUGUUUGGAUGUUUCCUGUCUGAACUGACGCGUGUUAGUGUUAAAUGAGGUUCUAGUUCUAGAGCGUCUGUGUGAAAGUGUGUGUCGUUUCCACUGAAACCAUCCGAGAGCAGCUUCAGAUCCGCUGUUGGAGUGAGGAUGAUUCAGAUUCACUGACUCCUGUUCAACCAGAUCACAGUUCACCAGCUCUCGUGUGACAUCAGCAUUAAAACAACUAACACUUCAAGCAUUUUGUUCAAAUUCAGUCCUUUAUUGCACUAACACACACACACACACACACACACACACACACACUCUCUCUCUCUCUCUCUCUCACUCACACACACACACACUCUCUCUCUCUCUCUCUCUCUCUCUCUCACUCACAC